CUAUCUGAGAAUGGAAAAUGGAACUAGAAAAUGGGGUCCACUGGUGAACAAAAGUAAGAAAGAAUAAUAUCUAAUUUUCAGGUCACCGCACAAGGAUUAAGUUGGGUUUUCUAUUGGUUCUAUCCAAGAUUCCAUUGGAUUACCAGCUCCCCUCCAGCUCUCAUAUAAAUACCAGUUUCAGCAUGAUUUCCACUGAAGAGAAGUGUGUAUAGGAGAAACAAGACAAGCACAACAAGCAUUCAGAAAUUAUCUUAUUUGUUAGUUCCAGGGCUUGUAACAAUUAAUCUUGAAAGUGAUCAAGAGAAUAAACAAGUCAUCAAGGUGGAAUGUACCAUCAUCACCAACACCAAGGAAAAAACAUUCAUUCUUCUUCCAGAAUGCCAAUCCCUUCUGAGAGGCACAUGUUCCUUCAAACAGGAAAUGGUUCUGGAGAUUCUGGACUUGUGCUUUCAACUGAUGCUAAGCCAAGAUUAAAAUGGACAGCAGAUCUUCAUGCCAGAUUUAUAGAAGCAGUCAAUCAGUUAGGUGGAGCUGACAAAGCAACUCCAAAAACAGUAAUGAAACUCAUGGGGAUUCCAGGGCUUACCUUAUAUCAUUUGAAGAGCCAUCUUCAGAAGUAUAGAUUGAGCAAGAAUCUGCAUGGACAAAGCAACACCGUGACACACAAAAUGACAACAAGUGCAGCAACUGGGGAGAGACUUUCUGAAACCAGUGGAACUCACAUGAACAAAUUAAGCCUUGGACCGCAGGCUAACAAAGAUUUGCAUAUAAGCGAGGCGCUGCAGAUGCAGAUUGAGGUGCAGAGAAGGCUCAAUGAACAACUUGAGGUACAAAGACACUUGCAGCUUAGGAUUGAGGCCCAAGGAAAAUACCUUCAGUCUGUGUUGGAGAAAGCUCAGGAGACUCUUGGCAGACAAAAUUUGGGAAUAGUUGGACUUGAAACUGCCAAAGUUCAACUGUCAGAGCUGGUGUCAAAAGUCUCAUCUCAGUGCCUUAACUCAGCAUUCUCAGAGCUGAAGGAAUUGCAAGGAUUUUGCCCUCAGCAAACACACACCAACCAGCCAAACGAUUGCUCAGUGGACAGUUGCCUCACAUCCUGUGACAGAUCACAGAAGGAGCAAGAGAUUCAAAAUGGCUUUAGACACUUCAACAGCCAUAUGUUCAUGGAACAAAAGGAAGCCACAGAAGCUCCCAACAACCUUAGGAACUGUGAACUCAAGUGGUGUGAUGAUGGAAAAAAGAACACCUUCCUUGCCCCAUUGAGCAGGAAUGAAGAAAGAAGAAACUAUGCCGCUGAAACCGGUCCUGGCAACUUAUCCAUGUCCAUUGGACUUGAAAGAGAAACAGAAAACAGAAGCAGCAUGUAUCCUGAAAGGCUAAUCACAGAAAACCAAUCGGAAGGUGAGUUCCAGCACCGGAACAGAAUCAAGACAGAAACAAUGAAACCAGUGGAUGAAAAAGUUUCUCAAGAUUAUAGGAUGCCAGCUUCUUACUUUGUAGCAGCAAGAUUGGACUUAAACAACCAUGGAGACAAUGAAGCUGCAACCACUUGUAAACAACUGGACUUGAAUAGAUUCAGUUGGAGCUGAGAAGAUAGAAAAAACAGUUAUGAUUCUUCAAAAUUUGAUCAGCAUAAAAGGAAAAUAGUAGGAACAGUGUGUUGCUAGUUGUUACUGCAAUUCAAUAUCAGCUGUUCUUCCGU